UCCACAAUCCCUCAGCCCCACCGGAUACCGUCUCCUCCCAGCUCCCCACAACCCUGUAGGCUCCCCCACCAUACCAUAGCUCCAUCAGAUUCCACCUCCUCCCAUCACCCUAUCGCCCCACCAAAUACUGCCCUCUCUCAGCCCCCGGGGCCCCACCAGAUCCUGCUCUUUGCCCCAAGUCCUCUCACACCACCCAGGAGCGCCACUGAAUACCACCUCCUGACACUGCUUCUGUACCCCAUCGUUUCCCCCCGGCAAGCUUGGCUUUACUCCUGUCACACUGGUCUUUCUUUCAGUGUCACACCAGUGCCCGCACACUCUGUUCCUGUGUCCUUCACUUAACUACCCUAUUUCCCUCAGCAUCUAAUCCUCUUUUCAUUUUAAUCCCCAAUAUUACCAAAGCACCAAAGAAAUAGAAAUCUUGUUUUGACUGGAUUUCCAAAAAAAAACCUGAAACAAACACCUCACUUAACCUGAGGAAAGAGAGAAAAUUAAAGGAGUGAAGUUUUCUCCAACCUCUGAUUCAAGAUUUUGCUUUUCUGAUAACGAAAUUUACAAGAAGAAGCGGUGAGAUAAGUGGGUCUUGUUGAGAUGGAGAAUCCCAAGACAGAGCUGAAUGAAAUCACCAGAAGCCCUUCCCAGUGCCCUAAAGUAAACAUGGAUCAGUUGCAAAUGGAGCAGGAGUUAAGCUUCAGGAAACUAGUAGAGAGUUCAGAGUGUCCAGAGCAACUGAAAUACGACUUCAACAAAAAUGGUGAACUGAAGCAUCUAGAUACCAAUGAGCCCUUUGUCUUUAAUUAUUACAAAAAUGCACUUGAGAGGAACCAUAAACGCUAUCAAGUUCUGGGGCAUCUCAUUACACAGUAUGUUUAUGAGCUCCUGGAAAGAGUCUGCAAGCUUCAGAAAGUCCACAUCCCAACAGAUGCUACAGAAGAUGAACCCAGAAGUUUCUUUUUCAUCAACGAGAAAGCAUUAACUAGUUCCUCAAGCCUAAUUGUGCUCCUACAAGACCAUGGAGUCUUUCGUGCUGGUCAAUGGGGGCUAAAGACCAUAAUCCAUGAGGGCCUGGAUCAUGGAACUCAAAUACCAUUCAUUAAAACGGCCCUUCAGUGCUAUGGAGGAGUGAUUGUUUUAAAUCCCAAUGACAAUUUCAUUGAUCUGAAGAUGGAAGAUGAGUGGUUAAGUUUACCUACCAAGGAAGAAUCUUCCACUGUAAAUUCCUCCUGGUGGAUCCCAAAGAGGUGCAGCAGCAGCCCCGAAGAGCACACCAUUUACAUUUGGGAUAAUUUUAUUUCAAAGAGCGCAGCCAAGAAUGUGGCCUUUAUUGCCCAUGGCUACGGAGGCUUGGUUUUCAUCAAUCUGCUCAUGCAGAGAACAUGGGAAGUGAUGAAUAAAGUGUAUUCUGUGGCCCUUAUUGACUCCAUGCACCACACGUUACACCAGGCAAAAAAUAAUCCACAAGUGCAAGAAUGGAUACAGAAACAUUGCCGUGAAUGGGUAACAAACAGUAAACCUCUAGACAGACCCACAGGUUCCCUUGUGAAAGUGGACUGUCCUACAGUCUCUGCUGGGACUGAAAAAUACAGGUUAGCACCAUCCUCCACCUUACAGGCCAUUUUCAAGUACCUGAAGAGCACACUGAAAGCUAGGAAGACAGUAGCUUUAUCUCGUUCUCCUAUUGUAACAAGGAGCAGCAAAAAUAAGAAGAGAGGCAAUACAUAAAAAGAAUGCUGAAGUAUUUUUCAGGAAUCUUCUCCCUCUUUAAAACCACUCCGUGGAAGCUUGAAACUGAAGCUACCAUGUUAGCUUCCUUGCA